AUGAAAAAAUUCUGUCAUUCAUUUGAUUUUUUUUCAUCUCUUUCAAUCAUUCAUUUGUAUUUUUUCCAUCUCUUUCAUUCAUUUUCCCCCAUUUCUUUCAGUCAUUCAUUUGUUUUUCUCCAUCUCUUUCAAUCAGUCUUUCAUUUGUUUUCUUUCUUUUUCAUCUUCUCCCUUAGUGGGUCAUUCAUUUGUUUUCUUUCUUUUUCAUCUUCUCCCUUAGUUGCCAGUCAUUCAUUUGUUUCUUCUUCAUCUUCUCUCUUAGCCAGUCAUUCAUUUCUUUCUUCUUCAUCUUCUCUCUUAGCCAGUCAUUCAUUUGUUUCUUCUUCAUCUUCUUUCUUAGUCAUUCAUUUGUCUUUUUUUUUCUUCAUCUUCUUUCUUAGUCAUUCAUUUGUCUUUUUUUUUCUUCAUCUUCUCUCUGUCAUUCAUUUGUCUUUUUUUUUCUUCUCUUUCAGUCAUUCAUUUGUUUUUUCUUCCCUUUCAGUCAGUCAUUUGUUUUUAGUUAUUUUCUUUUGA